AUGGCAAGUAAACCUGUUUUUGAGUUCUUUGAUAGCAAUCUGGACCCAACAACUACAAGCACAACGGCAGCAGCGACAUACGCCAUGCAAGCGCCAGAGAGAGACUAUGAUGAGCACGACCUUCUCUCCACCAGCUCAACCACGUCGAUAAACUCGUUAUUCGACUUGACAUCGGCCCUCCACGCGAGAUCAACCUCGUCUACAACAGUAACACCGGCACUUUCCCGCAAUGACUCCAUGAAACUAACCAAAAAACAACCCAACCAAGUGUGGGACUUUGCCUCCAAACUAGACAAGAGGCUAAAGCAAGCACAAUCACCACCGUCGCUUCUUCAACCAUCGCCGCCACAGCAAAAGACGAAAUUAGUUUUUCUUCUCGUGGGACUACCAGCAAGCGGGAAAUCGACGCUAUGCCACCACUUCAAAGACUACAUCGACGAAAACACCAGCUACAGAGCCCAAAUCUACAACGCGGGCAACGUGCGCCGGCGCAAGUCCUUGGGGAUAUUCAACGACUCGACAUUUUUCGAUCCGCGCAAUAACCAGGCGAAACAAGAUCGCGAGCUCUACGCCACCAUCACUUUGAACAACUUGCUCGCGGACGUGGCUAACGACGUAAUCGACAUUGGUUUCCUCGACGCCACCAACACCACGCAAACGCGCCGACAUCGCAUGCUUGACUCGAUCCAUAACGCCAACUCGCAAUAUACUUUGCGCGCCAUCAUUCUCGAUGUCCAGUGCUUCGAUGCCAACUUGGUCAAUUUCAACAUUUGUCGCGGCAAAGUACAUAAUCAGGAUUACGCGAAUAAGAAUAGCCAAGUGGCAAUUCGCGAUUUCAAGAAGCGGUUGGCGCAUUAUAAGCAGGUGUAUGAGCCCGUCGAGUGGCUGGAGUUGGACGAGUAUGAUUUGAUGGGUUGGAUCUGCGGAUAUGCAAAGUUUAUCGAUGCGGGAAGGCAGUUUGUGCUCCAGCCGAGCAAACUGGGCGAAAAUGAAGGGGAAAGAGAGGAACAAGGGGAAGACGUUGGGGAGGAUGAUGAUGACGACGAUGCGUGGUAUUGGAAUUUGAUUGAGCUGUUUCGCGCGAGGUAUUGGGAUUUGAAAGGGAAGGUGUACCAUGAGGAUGUGCAAACAUGGUAUCAGGAACAAGGGAAAGGUUUAUUACAGUAA